UGACAUUAUACCCGCAUACAAAGAUGAUUGCAAAAUUUAAUGUUUUUGUGUUAUAAAAGAAUGAAAAUGUAGAAUUUUGCCGUCAGUUUAGUCAAAAUGUGCUCCCGAGGGUUGCUUGGUGUUUUUUAUAUUUUUGUUUUUGUACAAACUGUCGUGCCUGACGCAGGAUUCUCGAGACAAAAAAGAUGUAUAGUGAUCCAGAAACAGUCAGGAACGCACGGAGACAGCGCAGAGGGAGACGGAGACGACGACUACCGUCGUCCGCAGCCGAAGGCACCCAUGACUGACCGGUUGAGGAAACAGGACAAAAUAUACGAGGCUGAAGAGAUAUCACCCGAGUUCCAGAGGUUAAGAAAACGCUUCGACAGGCUCAAAUUGAAGAAACCAAACAAGUUUUCAAUAUUUUAAAAUAAUUUAAAGUAUAAUAAUAUAAAAAAAAAUUAAAAAACUCCUACGCAUUCCUCUUCAAACUAUAAUAUAUUUCAAACUCGAAGGGUAGCAUGAUACCUGUCAUUUCAAUAAAAUUUUGCGAGAUUUGGCGUUUUUAGGUGAUAAAUUAUAAUAAUUAUGGAGAUGACAGGUGAGGUUGAAAAAUAUUAUGGGCGCGAUUCGGGAAAUGAAUUAGAGAUUCACUAGAUAUGAAAUAGUAAAGAUAUGUGACGUUCCACAGCAAAAGGUACCUUAUGGCGGCUGGUGCUUACGUCGCAUAGCGCUGCAAUAAUAUUGAAGGGGCGUAAGCGCCAGCCGCCAUAAGGUACCUUUUGCCGUGGAACGUCACAUAUCUUUACUAUAGAUGGUCAAGCAAAUCUUGUCAGUAUAAAAAGGCGGGAAAUUAAAAUUUUCUAUGAGACGAUAUCCCUUCGCGCCUACAUUUUUCAAAUUUGCCGCCUUUUUCUACUGACAAGAUCUGCUUGACCAGCUAUAGUGAAUCUCUAAUUCAUUUCCCGAAUCGCGCCGUGUAGCGUUAUCCCGGCCUAGCGCCAGGGUCCGGUUCCUACUCAAUCUCCUACACUUCGCCCGGUCUUCGGCAUCCCCGGGUGUGAGAUUGUUCUCUUCCGUGUCCGCUAUCACGACGUCCAGCCAGCGCUUCUUAUAUCUAAGGAUGAAUACUUUAUGGAAUCGUCAUAUUUCGUGUCCCCGAGCUACCUAUAAAAAAAUGUUCUUACCACAUUUGACCUUACCAAUUAUAAAAUGUAACUACCUAAAUAUGGGUCAUUAUAUAUUCCAAAGAUAUUAUAUAGAAUGACGUAAAUACUAUUAGCGCGCAGAUUGCGGGCAUCUUUCUCCAUCUAAUUGCGCUUUCAAUUGGAGUAAAAGAGAAAAAUGCCCGUAAUUAGCGAACUUCGCUGUUCACGGUAGGAGGCCCUUUAAAAAGUUUAAUAGUCUGUAUCUUUAGGUAGGUAUUUAAAUAAAAGUAAACAAUUUGUAAAUUUUCGGGUAGUUAUAACAUUUAUUGGUUAACCAACCAAAUACAAAAUCGCCUUGAUCUGUCACUGAACGACCUGACUUUAACCUACAUUA